CCCUCUUUUCCAAAGGCACCGUUUUGUCAACCUCGAAAUAGCUGCUCAAUUCUGGGGAAUGGUAAGUGAAUGUUGGAAGAAUGCCAGCUGCUGCUGAGGGUGGUGACCUGGAGAAGAUAAAACAUGCAAAAAUAGGCAACGGCUUUCCUAUUGCGCGUUGGGCGCACGGCCAAGUUGUAAAAAGACCUUCAAAGUAGUUUUCCACUUACUGACAUUUCUUUGCUUCCUUGUCAUUCCGUUUUUGUCAGAAUGGGCAAAUUCCAUUUACCCAUAAGUCCAGCAACUGUUUCCUCCAUACCGAAUAAGUCCACUGGUAAAUCCACCCGUCAAAAAGAACCCCUUCACUUUCGCGCGGCGACAAAUCGAAUUGCAAAGAAAGCCGGAAAUUUUCUAAGCAAAUCGCAUACCGCCGUAAUUUCUUCAGAUCCCUCAGACUCGCUAUCUAAAAGACUAUCAGAGCAGUUUACAGCAAACAAUUCACCAUUGAAACGCGCUUUCUCCUUCAAAAACCGGCCCUUGCUGAGUAAAACUCCGAGUCAAAUAUCUUUAGUGGAUCAAAACCAAAUGCAUCGAACGGAUGUGGCAACCGCGUCUUCCACUUGGCGUCAGUUACUUGGAGAGGACCACUUGCGUUAUUUGAACCUUGAUCCUGCUGAGAUUCGGUAUCAAGAAGCAGUUCACGAGAUUAUUGCAACCGAGGCAGAUUAUGUAAACGAUUUGAAGCUAGUGUACAAAAUAUUUAUUAAGGAAGCUUUAGAAUGGGACGGGCUACCAAAGUCAGUAAGACUUAUCUUUUCAAACGUCUACCAAAUCGUAAAGCUGCAUCAAGGUCUACUUGAGGAAUUAAGAAAGAGACAGAGUGCUCAAUAUCCAGUUGUGAGGACUAUCACUGAUAAAUAUAGACAAGUUAUACCCAUGUUCCACAUCUACGCAGCAUAUUUGGUAAAUUUCGAAAGUGCCAUUGAGAUCAUUAGAAAAGCACUAGAAUCUCGAUCCGAUAUCUUUGGUAUAUACCUUCGAGAACGCAAUGCCCUUCCCGAAUGUCGUAGCCUACCUUUGCAAGCUUUCCUGUUAAAGCCGGUCCAAAGAAUUACAAAGUACCCGUUGUUUUUCAGAAGCUUAUUGGAAUGUAGACAAACUGGAAGUCCCGAUCAUCAAGACAUUGUUCAGCUACUUCAUGAAAUUGAAGUGGCUAUAACCAGCAUUCAAAAUGAGCAAGCCAAACAUGAAGAAUAUCAAAAACUUGAGGAUCUAGAGAAGAGAAUCAUGGGCUUAGAGGUAGGUUCAAUACUGAAAGGAUUUUGCGUAUAAUUGAGUGUGGUCUAAUGCAUCCAAACAUGGAUUAGAAAAUACCAUCGUUCAAGUUGGCAGAAUAUGGACGUCGAUUGAUUGUCGAAGGUUAUCUGACUCUUGUAAAUGAUUCCAGCAGCGAAGGCGUUUCACCAACGUCAGUCCUAUCAUUUGGAUUCAAUGGCAGUGUUGAAAGUUUGAGUACAGUCAGCAGCUUUCGGACAUCAACUGCAACAGCCUCUGAUA